AUGCCUAAGGUGGAAUAUCUGGGUCGUAAGGUCUCUCACAAUGGACUGGAGACGAACCCGAAAGAUCUGUCGGCACUGAGUGAUCUACCAUUUCAAAGGAUCACUCAGAGCCAUGCAGUCAUUUUUGGGGACCGGUUCAUCGAAGACUAUGCGAUCUAUGCGUCAAUCCUGUAUGAAUUACGAGAAAUCGACUUUGCUGCGAUGAUGAAAGAGACCACCCAAGCACAGAUCCAACAAGUACUGGAAGCGGAGAAUGUGGAUCCAGGAUCACACGAAGGUCAAAUAAUCGACUACCAAAAGGUUUUGGAUCUGGAGGCGUAA